AUGGCGACACAGUAUCCAGAAACAAGGGUCCUGGUCAUCAUGACUGGAGGAACGAUAUGCAUGAGGUCUUCCCCCGAAGGUUUGGUUCCUGCGAGAGGAUUCUUGAGGGAAGGGAUGGCGCCCAGGCCGAGUUUUAACGAUGGGUCUAUGCCUGACCCGCUUCCGGUAAUGACCGAUGCCACAACGAAAGCAUAUCACCCCAGUCUUAGAACGCCUCCGAGUACAUACUCCCGUCAUGUUCGCUAUACCUUGUACGAGUUUCCAACACUGCUCGAUUCAUCUUCCAUCUCCUCGGAAGGUUGGACCCAGAUCGCCACUACGGUACAAAACAACUACUCACUUUUUGAUGGAUUCGUCGUUCUCCAUGGGACAGAUAGUCUGGCAUAUACCAGCUCUGCCCUUUCAUUUAUGUUAUCUCACCUCGGAAAACCGGUCAUCUUGACUGGGUCUCAAGCCUCAAUCUUUGCGCUCCAAUCCGAUGCCGUGGAUAACCUUCUCGGAUCUCUCAUCAUCGCCGGCACCUUCAUGAUCCCAGAAGUCUGUCUCUUCUUUCACCACAAUCUUUAUAGAGGUAAUCGCUGUACAAAAGUCUCGGCGUCAUCGUUCGAUGCAUUUGCUUCGCCUAAUUGCGAACCGCUUGCAAAGGUUACCGCCAUGGGGGCAGAGGUAAAUUGGGCAUUAGUUCGACGUCCAAGAGGCCUCGCUCGCUUCGAUGUCCAAACGAACCUCGAUACUGCGCACGUCGCCUGCUUACGCAUCUUUCCUGGCAUCAAGCCAGAAAUGCUUGACUCUGUACUCCACGUACCUAACCUCCGAGGCUUGAUCCUCGAAACUUUUGGGGCGGGAAAUGCACCAUCAGGAGCCGACGGCAGUAUGGUGAAUGUCAUCAAAUCGGCCGUCGCUCGCGGCAUUGUGAUUGUCAAUGUCAGUCAAUGUCAAUCCGGCUCCGUCUCUCCACUCUACGCACCAGCAACCACACUUGGAAAUGCAGGUGUGGUAUUCGGUCACGACCUCACCACCGAGGCAGCACUUACUAAACUGUCGUUCCUCCUUGCCCUACCUGAUCUUAAUUAUCAAGACAUCGUAUCGCAGAUGCAAUUCUCCAUUCGUGGCGAGAUGACCGAGUCUCAUUCAACCGCUUUCUCUCACCCCGCAUCCGACAUCCCCGCUAUUCAAGACUCACAAGUUGCUUUCACCGCUCUCGGGUAUGCAAUUACCAAAGGGAAGCUAGGCUCCGUCAAAACUCUACUAGAUGGAGAUCAGUUUGGUUUACUAGGUGCCAAAGACUACGCCGAAAAUACAGCCUUGCAUCUUGCCGCUGUGGGACCCGAGAUUGAGGUACUGAGAGAAUUGUUGAAGAGAGGAGCUAGUGUGCAUGCGAGAAAUCUGGCGGGGAACACGCCACUCUACUUGGCUACCAAGGUUGGCAACAAAGAGGCUGUGGGGCUUUUGGAGGCUACGGGGGCAUUGCUACAUGUCGAGGAGGUAGAGACAGUGCAGGAGAAUGGGGUUCAAGCGAAGAGAAGGAGGGCUGACUGA